UUCGCAUGAAUGGAGCCUCGAGAAGGCAGCGAUUUAAGCCUUGACCGCUCUUCAUUUCUGACUUGUUCGCACUUCUCAUUCUCACUUCUCGUUCGUCAAACAUGGUGCACCCAGAGGAAGUCGACGUCAUUGUUUGCGGUGGUGGCCCAGCCGGAUGUGUUGUCGCCGGUCGUCUCGCCUAUGCUGACCCGACCUUGAAGGUCAUGCUCAUCGAAGGUGGUGCGAACAACCGAGAUGACCCAUGGGUGUAUCGCCCCGGUAUCUACGUGCGCAAUAUGCAGAAUGAUGGAGUCAACGACAAGGCGACCUUUUACACGGACUCGAUGAAGUCACCCUUCAUGCGUGGUCGCAGGAGCAUUGUCCCCUGCGCAAACAUCCUUGGCGGUGGCAGCAGCAUCAAUUUCCAGAUGUACACUCGCGCUUCCGCCUCUGAUUGGGAUGACUUCAAGAAUGAGGGUUGGACAAGUAAUGACCUCCUGCCAUUGAUGAGGCGGCUGGAGAACUACCAGAAGCCUGUCAACAACGACACACAUGGCUACGAUGGUCCGAUUGCCAUCAGCAACGGUGGACAGAUCCAGCCGGUCGCUCAGGACUUCUUGAGGGCGGCGCAUUCCAUCGGCAUUCCCUACAGCGACGAUAUUCAGGAUCUUAGGACUAGCCACGGUGCCGAGAUUUGGGCGAAGUACAUCAACCGCCACACCGGAAGGCGCAGCGAUGCCGCCACAGCCUAUGUCCACAGCGUGAUGGAUGCCCAGGACAACCUGUACCUGCGUUGCAACGCUCGAGUCAAUCGCGUCCUCUUCGAUGCCAACAACAAGGCGGUCGGCGUCGCGUACGUGCCCUCGCGCGACCGCCAUGGCGGAAAGGUCCAAGAGACGAUCGUCAAGGCGCGCAAGAUGGUCGUUCUGAGCUCUGGCACUCUGGGUACCCCGCAGAUCCUCGAACGCUCUGGUGUUGGCAACGCCGAGCUCCUUCGCCAGCUUGACAUCAAGGUUGUCAGUGACUUGACGGGUGUUGGUGAGGAGUAUCAGGACCACUACACUACUCUGACAUUGUACCGAGUAUCCAACGAGACAUCCACCACCGACGACUUCCUACGGGGCGUCAAGGAGGUCCAACAAGAGAUAUUUGCGGAAUGGGAGACGAGCCCGGAGAAAGCGCGCCUCUCUUCCAAUUCAAUUGACGCCGGAUUCAAGAUCCGCCCCACAGAAGAAGAGCUCAAAGAGAUGGGCCCCGAAUUUAAUGAGCUCUGGAACAGAUAUUUCAAGGACAAGCCCGACAAGCCCGUCAUUUUCGGCUCGAUCGUUGGCGGUGCCUACGCCGACCACUCGCUCCUGCCUCCUGGCAAGUACAUCACAAUGUUCCAAUACCUCGAGUACCCAGCCAGUCGCGGCAAGAUUCACAUCAAGUCUGCUAAUCCCUAUGUCGAGCCAUUCUUCGAUAGCGGUUUCAUGAACAACAAGGCCGAUUUUGCUCCCAUCCGCUGGAGUUAUAAGAAGACGCGUGAGGUCGCGCGGCGCAUGGACGCAUUCCGUGGGGAGUUGACGUCUCAUCACCCACACUUCCACCCCGAUUCGCCUGCGGCAUGCAAGGAUAUCGACCUCAAGACCGCGAAGGAGCUGCUCCCGAACAGCCUUACCGUCGGCAUCCACAUGGGCACAUGGCACAAGCCAGGCGACCCGUACGACCCGAAGAAGGUGCACGAGGAUAUCAAGUACUCUCAGGAAGACGACGAGGCGAUCGAUAACUGGGUCGCUGACCACGUCGAGACCACUUGGCACUCCCUCGGAACAUGCGCGAUGAAGCCUCGUGAGCAGGGCGGAGUCGUUGACAAGCGCUUGAGCGUCUACGGUACGGAGAACUUGAAGUGUGUCGACCUCAGUAUCUGCCCUGAUAACCUCGGCACGAACACCUACUCGUCGGCUCUGCUCGUCGGCGAGAAGGGCGCGGAUCUGAUCGCUGAGGAACUUGGUUUGAAGCUUCGUUUCCCCCAUGCCCCUGUCCCUCAUGCUCCCAUUCCUCUGGGAAAGCCGACUACCCAACAGGUCCGGUGAAGCACUUCGACUGCCAACUGAGGAGGGCGAUGCCGAGUCUUGGAUAGGUUGAUAUUGCGAGAUGUUGUCAUGAUGUUGUAUGCUAUAUGUUCUUAUGGGUGUAUGUUAUCUGUACGAGUACAUGUCGAAUUGUACUAUUAUUAGCAUGUUUGUCGUCAUUGUCAGUAUUUUUGGAGACGAAG